CGACAUCCAUUCGAGACAGCUCGAUGUUGACAUGUAUGUAUCCUUCACAAAAGUCUUCCAUGCCAUGGCAAGAGCAGCAUGCCAAAAUCACCAAGCCACAUUAGCUGCACGCAAGUAGUACCGGUAGAGUAGAUCAGAAUGAAAGGGUAUCAGGUCCAAGCCAACUUGGAGCAACGAAUGUCAUGGAGCACUCGUCUUUGGUGGUUUGUCGGGGUAUUGAGCUUUUGCUUGUAUUAUGAUGGAAUCAGGUCCUUCCUUCGAGAGUAUUCUUCUGUUAUCAGAGGGAGAGAGCUACAACCACAGCAGCAGCAGCGAAGCAAUACUGCCAAGGAUCACCUCGUCCUUGAAAACGACGAGAGUGAUCCCGCGACCAAUGACGACUUGAAGCUUGCAUUGUACAUGACCACUCACUGGAGUGACGAGCACGAGGCUUUUCUACGAAGCUGUUGGCCAGCGGCAGUCCAACGAUUCCCACAGCUGCAACAAGCCGACUUGAUUGUCUACGAUACCAGCUCGACUCGAACCGGUGUGCACGACAAGGAACACUACCACCUACUGCAGAGUUUGGGUUUCCAUAAUGUUCGCGUCUACCACGCACAAGACUACGAACACGCAUGGACCAACUCUACUGCAAACUCUGCUGAUGGCAGCACAGUGGACUCGGAACAAAUCAAGCAACAGGGUGCCAUUACGGCCAUGUUGGCUCCGUUCCCUUUUGCCCCGCCAGUAACAACCACAACAACCAACGACACAGCCUCCUGGUUCGAUGAUUACGAUUGGGUCAUUCGUCUUAACCCCGAUGUUCUGUUUCGAAACGUCGACGAUUGGAUCCUACCCACGCUGCACAACACGACCGUGGAUGCCAUUGUGAUCAAGUACUAUCCCGGAGCAUUGCACACCGACUUUUACGCCUUUCGACCGCACGCUAUCGACGGGCAUGCUCUUUGGUUGAAAUAUCACAAACAAGCCAAACGAAAGCACUUUCAUGCCGAGACGCACAUCCAUCCAGGAUUUGCCAAAGUAUUGCAACGUCGACGUGCUGCCUGGUUACCCAAUGUCACCCUGACCGAUGGAUCCGCGCGAGUGGGGGGACCGCAUUGUCCCGUCGUGCACGCUCAUUCCAUUCUAUCGCACUGUCCCAACUAUUUUGAUUACUAACGAAUCGAUAGAUAGCUAGCUAGCCACUGGUACGAUGUACAAAGAUAUAAUACUGUCCCUGAUGC